CUGGUUAAAAGAAUUCGGCGGAUAAAAUUUGCGCAGAACAAGAUACGAUCCAGUUGUACGUAAAUGACGUUUGAUUUCUGUGUUUUCUAAUCUGUCGUGUCUCGGGAUAACUAUCGGUGGGUAUAUAAUAAUAUUUUUCAUUUGCAUUAUUUGUUUUUUUCAUUUUCUUUUUUUAUUGUACAAACAAAUGCAAAUUAUUGCUGCAACCAUUGCCAUCUUAGCGUCGGCUACACUUGUAGUUAAAGCAGAAGAGGGUAUUAUCCGUACACCGAUUAUCCGUAACCCUCGCCUUGGUAAUCCUUUAGAGGAAGCGAAGAAAAAAUAUCAGUUUCUCAAUAAGCGCUCUUUACUCGAAAAAAGAGAUGCUUUCAAUGCUUCUCUGUACAACGACCAAGGAUCUCAAUACUUGAUUCAAGUGGGUAUUGGUACUCCAGCACAAAACUUCACUGUGACACUUGAUACUGGUAGUGCUGACCUCUGGGUUCCUUCCACUGAUUGUCCUCAAAGUUCUUGUCCUUUCUAUCGAUUUGACCCCAGUAAGUCCUCUACUCUCAAGCAAUUGAAUGCACCUUUUGGUAUCCAAUACGGUAUCGGUAGUGUCAAUGGCACUUAUUAUACAGAUACUGUCACUGUGGGUGGUGCCACCGUUCAAAACCAACAACUUGGUUUGGCUUCGAUGACAGAAGAUAUCAUGCAACCCAAUCCCUCAACAGGAGGUCCCGGUUCAUCAGCACCCGAUGGUUACAACGGCACAAACAUUCAAAAUGUAGAAGCAAAUGGUAUCCUCGGCCUUGGUUAUCCUGGUCUAACUCAAGCAAAUAGUCAAGGCGAAGGCGCCUAUAAUCCCUUCGUAUUCAACUUGGCCGAGCAAAAGAUUAUAAAUGAGCCUAUCUUCUCUAUCUUUCUCAACAGCGUGUCUGAAACUGGUUGGUCUGGUGAAAUUAUCUUUGGUGGCAUUGAUGAAACAAAGUUUGAUGGUAACUUGACUUAUUUACCAGUGGCUAGUCUCAUUACACGAUCCUCCAGUGGCUCAAGCAGUAGUUCUCAACCUGGUUACUAUUAUUGGAUGGUGUAUGGUCAAGGUCUAGGUGUCAAAAAUUCUGACACUGGCUCAAACCCUAGCUGGAGAUUGCGUGAACUCGGUGCUUUUAUUUUAGAUACAGGCACUACUUUGACUUAUUUGCCGACUUCUGUUGCUACUGAUAUUGUCUCUGCUUUUGCAGGCGAAAGAAACUAUGCUUACGAUCGUCAAUCGGGUGUAUUUAUCGUCGACUGCAAAACUGCAAAGAGCCCUGCUCGCUUUGAAUUACAAAUGUCUCAGUCCAGUCGAAUCAGUAAUAGCCCUUUAGUUUUAAGUGUGCCUGCUUCCGAACUAGUUAUCCCUGUUGACAGCAAUUCUGCUGACACUGCUAGUAUCUGUAUGUUUGGUAUUGCUCCUUUGAAUGGUGGCGGAGGUCUUGGUAAUAACUUGUAUCUUGUUGGUGAUUCUGUUCUUCGUUCUGCUUAUAUGGUGUUUGAUAUGGGACAGAAUCGUGUUGGUCUUGCUGCUACAAAGCAAACUGGUGGCGCUGUAUCUUUUGGCAAUUCUACAAGUAACGCCUCUACUAGCACUCGUAGCACGAGUAAUGCUGAUAAUCUUUCUUCAGGAGUCUCUACUCAAACCUCUGCUAAGAUGACUUUCUUUGCUUUGUUUGUAACAGCUUUAAUCAUGAAUGCUUUCUAAGCUAGAUAUGUAUGUAUACGUCUCUUUUUGUUUCAUGUAGCAGUAAAUAUGUAUAUUUUCUUUGUAUUUUAUAAAUAAAAAACAGCUUUUUUAGCAUUGAUAAAAAA